AUGGCCAGCAAAAGAAGAAAGAAAAGAAGGAGGGCAUCUCUCUCAUCCUUGCUGCUCUUUCUGGGGGUGCUCUCUCUAAUGGAGACCCAGGCAGCUCACCACAAACACAUGAUACAGUUCACAACGGUGGGCACAGGAAGCUCCCUCUUGGAAUACUUUAUUGUGGACUUUCUGGAUGAUGUACAGGUGUUCUCCUUUAACAAAUAUAAUCAUCAGCUCAUAGCCAAGGAGGCCUGGAUCUCACAGGUCCUGGGGGCCAAGUUCAUAGAGGACACUUGGCAGAAGUUAGUGGACCACGAGAAGAGUUUCCUAUGGUUCCUGAGGAAGCUGAUGCAGAACAGCACCAAGAGUGACAUGAACCACACAGUGCAACUCUUCAUACUUUGUGAAAUUGAGAGGAACAACCAGCUAGGAAAUGAAAUCCAGAUUGCUGUGAAUGGUCAGGAUUUUUGCUGGCUGGAUGAGAAGUAUGGCGAUUGGUUUAUCAUGGUGCCUGAGGCCGAGCCCUUCAAACCCAUUCUGACAAGUAACCUGUGGACCACUCAGAGGAAGCACUACAUGCAAGAAUAUUGUAUUGACACCAUGAAAAAAAUCCUACAGCACUCCAGUAUAAAGAAAAAUGUGCCCCCUGAGGUGACGGUGUCCUAUCAUGAAGCCAUGGAUGGCAUUACCACUCUCUCCUGCUCUGCCACUGGCUUCUAUCCCAGCUCUAUCCUGUUGCACUGGCAGAAAGAGGAGAAGAAAAUUGUGGUUGGGAAGGAAAGUUCCAGUGGGCUCUUGCCCAAUGCCGAUUCCACUUUCUACCAACGAGUCUUCAUUGAGCUCCCACCAGAGGAAACGGGGACCAAUUAUGACUGUGUAGUAGAACAUAUUGAGCUGGGGACACCAAAAGUAUACCCUGUCCAUGUGAAAUCUUCUAAAAAGAGGUCUCGGACUUUGACUCUGGCCAUCCUGGGUGUUGUCAUUUUGGUUUUGAGCUCUAUUGCCUCCUUCAUCAUGUGGCAUAAAAUAAAGACAGGCUACAGCAUCCAUGAGUGUGUUACAAUAGAAGACAUUCAACUGGACCUUCAAGGACACUAG